CCGGUGAGUAUGCUUCUCGGAACUGUAGAGAGAAUUGGUCGAAAGAUCUGGAUCCAUAAGGUCAAACAGCGUGCUCUUGGUAUUAAGCACGACUGCAAUACCUUGUCCGGGUAAUGAUUGACCCGGAUCGUACGAAACAUCCGGCCGGAAAAUAUAGCGCCCUUCCGGAUUUUGGCUUUUGAUCACUUCCGACCCCGCAUCCACCGCUUACCUCACCUUCUUCCGCUCAUGCAGACACAUCUCAGACAGGUUCUCAAAUUGAGCUGAGCUGAUCGCGGUAAUAACAUGCUUCUGGGAUAUGGAUUCGUUUGAGUACAACAUCAACCCGAGUCGAGUCGUCUUUGGAAUCGGGAGCGUUAACAAGCUGCCAGAGGAAAUCAAGAAGCUCGGAUGCUCAUCACCCUUAGUCCUUACCUCAAAGGGACAAAAUGGAAUGUUGCAUGGCGACCUCUUGACUGAAGUCCUGUCAAAAUGCUCAAUGUCUGCCGCUGCUACCUUGAAUAUGGCAGUGAUGCAUACGCCAGUGCCUGUCACUGAAGCAGCACUCCAACAACUCAAAGCGCAAGCCGCGGAUUGUAUCGUAUCCAUCGGAGGAGGUUCUGUCGUCGGUCUGGGCAAGGCCCUUUCCAUUCGUACUGGAUUACAACACGUCUGCAUACCUACGACCUAUUCUGGCAGCGAAAUGACACCUAUCCUUGGCGAGACGGACAAAGGCAAAAAGACUACUCGCUCGAAUCCAAAAAUUCUCCCGGAUGUCGUGAUCUACGAUGCGAAUCUCACAAAAUCGUUGCCAGUAGCCAUCUGCUCAAUUUCUGGUAUCAAUGCGAUCGCUCAUGCCGUGGAAGCAUUAUAUGCGAAAAACACAAAUCCCAUUACCAACUUGCUGGCUCUGGAAGGCAUCAAAAAGUUAGCAGAAGCCCUGCCAGCAAUCGCACGAGAUCCGUCAGAUCUAUCUGCUCGUGAAGGAGCUCAGUACGGCGCAUGGCUUUGUGGUGUUGUCCUCGGCACUUCCGCGAUGGCUUUGCAUCACAAACUUUGUCACACUUUAGGCGGAUCGCUCAAUCUGCCUCAUGCUGAGACACACACUGUUGUGUUAGCACAUGCACUGGCAUACAAUGCUCCGGCUAUACCAGAACAGAUGGAGAAAAUUGCUUCAGUGCUUCCUGAUAGUGAUGGAGACGCGAUCAAAGGACUCAAUAUUUUCCUGGACAAACUCGGUGUGUCGCGUGCGCUGAAGGACUUUGGCAUGCAAGAAGAAGAUAUUGACAAAGCUACGGAUAUUGCUAUGAGUAUGCAGUAUGCCAACCCAAGAGCGAUGGAGAGAGAUUCAAUCAGGGAGCUGAUACGCAGAGCUUGGUCUGGUGAAUCUGCGAAAGCCGAUGUGUAGUUCUCAAUGAUGGAAACACCUCGCAUAAUCUAUCAAUGAGCAUACAUACUCAAAGUGUCACGAGGUUUAGCAUGCAUAGCUGGA